CUGUCGAAGGCAGAGCAGUCCCACGUGGCGAGGCAGAAAGGUCAAAGAAUGAACAAAACGUUAACAUCCGAGUGCCGGUGGGGGUUGUGUCUCAGGCAGUUGCCCCAACGCCCAUUAAACAGGAUCGACAACUGCAAGAGCCAGCAGCACCAGCAGCAGCAGCAGUGACACAGAGGAAAUUGCUUUGAGUAAAACGGCGACAAUGGCAGCCGUUAAAACCGUUAAAAGUUUUUGAUGGACAACUGACAGAAAAGGUUUCCUGGUAACCGUGGUCAUGUUGCAGACGACUGGCCGCCUGUCCAAAGCGCUACAGCUCACCCUGGCGGUCAUCAAGCCCGAUGCUAUUGCCCAUCCUUUAAUAGCAGAGGCUAUUCACCAGACAAUUCUGGAUAACGACUUUGUAAUUGUCAGAUGCAAAGACCUGGUGUGGAAAAGGAAAGAUUCGGAGAGGUUUUAUGCUGAACAUUCAGAGCGAUUCUUCUAUCAAAGACUUGUCGAGUUCAUGUCAAGUGGUCCGAUGAGAGCCUACAUUUUAGCUCGAGAGGAUGCCAUUCGUCACUGGAGGGACCUGAUGGGACCAACCAAAGUCUUUCAAGCCAGAUACACAUCUCCUGCCUGCAUCAGGGCUCGCUUUGGCCUCACAGACACCAGAAACACAACUCAUGGCUCCGAUUCUUCAGAGUCGGCUCAGAGAGAAAUCAAUUUCUUUUUCUCAGAAUUCAAUGUGGAGCAGUGGCUUAAGAAGGAGGAGCCAUUAUUCAGAUCACGACGGAUCCAAUAUGAUCAACAAGAUCAGAUCCACAAACCUUUAACAUCAAGCUGACCCUCAGCACUAAUCCACCGCUUAAACUUGAUUGGAUGAGAUGAUGGAUUCUCUUUAAAAGCCACACAUGAUGAGUACGCCUGAUUUAUGGAAGUGUCAAAUUGUAAUAAAAAAAAGAAAUCGCUAGGAUCAUGUCACUAAUAAUUUUAUGUCAGCAGGGAAGACCAUUUACUUUUUUUUUGUAAUAAUUAUUCUUUUCUUAAGUUUUGAAAAUGACUUUAAGAUGUAACUUCCUGACCUGUUGUUUUUACUUGAUUUGCAGCACAAAUAAAUCACAUUUUUAUGACUGACA